GCAAUUUUCUAAGCUGUGCAGGACUCGAGACUAUGUGCAUGAAGAUGCGCGACUUGUCGAUUGUAUAGGUCUGCAUGGUGACGCAAAUCACGUUGCUCUCCGCUGUGACGGAGCAAGGCUGAAUGUCACGGGACUUGCUGCAUGUUUAAAACCUCGUUGCACUUCUUACCUUCAUCUCAUCCUCGAGGAUCAUCCGUUCGGCUAUUGUGUACCCAACUUAUCAGACGCCGACGCCUGAAGCCGCCAUGGACGACGCACACAGCAUCCGCCAGUCCGAGUCACCUCGAAGCGUGGCGGAUAUGGCUUGCAACUCUGAAGCAGAGAGACUAUCAAAAGAAGCGUCAUCACUGUCUGCAGCGAGGAUCCACGACCAGCAAUGGCCCGAUUCGUCUUCGCGCCUUGCUGGUGACGGUACUUCUGCACCACACUAGUUUGAUCUGUCUCUUCCAGAAGGACUGCCAGGGAUCCUCGAAUACCCCCAGGCGCUCUGUGACGAGCAGGGCUGGUGCUCAACGUCCCGAAUCUUCUCCCUCAAUUUUGCGACUCUGCUUACAGACAGCAGCAAGGUUCCAUCUCCACUGUAUUAUAAUUCUGGCACGCUACACGACACUUGUUGGCUUAUGCCAGAAUCAACCGAGGCUAGGCCUCUCAAACGCCAAAGAUUAGGGGAGCUUUCGCAGAAGACAAACAUGCAAGGCUCCUCACACCCAAAUAGUGCUGCUCGUACUCUUAUCUCAGUCUUCAGCAUAGAAUUCGGCCGAAGUAUCCUCGAUCAGCAUGGUAUUCGGCGGCUGGUUGAUUAUGCUCUGACCUGGCAGACGCGUAGAAAAGUACUUGCAGGCGUUCGCUAACAGCAAGCAAGAUUUGCAGCUGGUUUGAAUAGCCUACGAACUUGGUCAAAUGGGGUGACAGAGAUUAAGAUGGCACAUUUAGUUCACGAUUGAAUGGACAAAGUCGCGCGA